UUAUUUGUUUACAAUUUUGUUUUUAGUCAUGCGUAUUAUGGCAGGACUGAUGCAGCUAUUAAACGAAAAUUGAAGUCGCCAUUAAACUGGCAGCAGCUUGGAGGUGCUCUCGGUAUUGUUGUUCGGACACGUUAUCACGUUUAGUUCCAGUACAACCGCUCGUUUUGGGAGUUUUUUCUGUAUUAUUUCACCUUUGGUACUGUUUUUUAGAAUGUCAACAGAGGUACAGGCAGUGAUGAAGGUUGACAAUAUAGGUGGAGCUCCGAAACGUAAAAAAGACACUGCAAAGUCCGAAAAUAAUCCAGGAGCUACGAACAAAAAACACAAAUCUGAGGAUUCUAGGCAUUUUAAAUUUUCUAAAAAACGCUCACAAAGUUUUAAUGCUGGCGGCACAAAGAUGUUUCCUCCAUAUAAGAAGAGAAAAAAGGGAAAUUUGAUUCCACCAACAAAAUUUCUUUUGGGUGGUAAUAUAAGGGAUCCUCUUAAUUUAAACAGUCUUCAGGAUGAAGAGAUUAAUAAAGCUAUGAAUGCAGUGACCCCUAAAUCAUCACCUUUGCCCACACCUAAACAUAGGAAAGGUGAAGUGGAGGUAAUUAUUCCAGCUGAUAUUAAUGACCCACUCUCAUUAGCUGGAGGUGAAGAUAAUGAUGAAGCAUACGCUGCAUCGUUUAACACUAGCUAUCCUCAUGCAUCUCGGAAAAUCAAGAAGAAGAACAAAAAAAGGAAAUCUAAAGGAACUUCCAUCUCUAAAGAUGAGCCAGAGUGCAAAUUAGAAGAAGUUAAAGUUGAAGAAGCGAAAUUAGGUGAAACAAGUGCUGAAGUUAGUUUGCCUGAAGAGCUUGUUAAAUCAAAAGAUGAAGAGAAGGAUAAAGAAAAAGAAAAGGAAUUCAAGAGGCCUAAGUUGAGCGGGUUGGAAAAGAGAGAGAAAAAAUCAGCCCAAGAAAUGAAGGACAAGAUUGUCAGUCCUGUUAUACCUCAGCCUGGUGCUUGGCCUGGAACUAGCAGGUUCAGGAAACAAGGUCAUCGGAGGUCAAAUCAAGCUACGCCUAAAUUUAAUGAAAAAAGUCGAAGAUUCCAAUAUGGAAACUAUAACAGGUAUUAUGGUUACCGUAAUCAGGGUCAAGAAAGUGAUCCAAGAUUAAAGAUUUUGGCAAAACUGGAACAUUUUUUUGCUGGGCGUGAUGUGUUGGACAUUGGUUGCAAUACAGGUAUUAUAAGUAUAGCUAUUGCUAGAGACAUGGGUGCUAGGUCUGUUAUUGGUAUUGAUAUCGAUAAAAGUCUUGUCGAAGUUGCAAGGCAGAGGCUAAGGAGAACUUCGAAAGAGUUUCCAAUUUCAAUGCCCUUAGUUUAUGGGCCUUUGGAUGUUCCUGGGGUUCAGGAAGCUAACACAUUCCCCCACAAUUUAACAUUUAUACAGGGUAAUUAUGUUCUUGAGAAUGAUGUAUUAGUCGAACUGGAGCAAGCCCAAUUUGAUGUAAUACUCUGCCUCUCGGUUACCAAGUGGUUUCAUCUCAAUUGGGGUGAUGAUGGAUUGAAAAGAGCAUUUAAAAGAAUGUUCUCCCAGCUUCGCCCUGGCGGUGUGCUGAUAUUGGAACCUCAAGAUUGGUCUUCUUAUUCUAGAAAAAAGACGCUUACUGAAACGAUAUGGAGAAACUACCAGAACAUUAAAUUUUUCCCUGCAAAAUUUACUGAAUAUCUGCUCUCCGAGGUGGGGUUUAGUAAGUGUGAAGUUGUUGGAGCUCCGAUGCACCCUCAAAAAGGUUUUCAGAGACCAAUUAAACUUUUCACAAAGGGGGAAACCCCACCUAGUCAAACGCCUUGUGAAGAUAGUCAGUCGAGGCUCAGUAGUGAAUUACCUCUCAAAGAAAGCAGUGCAACAACAGCUGAUGAUGUCCAAGCAGAUACUCUGUCGAGGAUUGCUAGUGAUAUCUCUAUGGGUGAAGGAAGCUCUAUUGUAGCUGAAGAUAUCCAAGCAGACACUCUAUCAAGGCUCGCUAGUGAUAUCUCUAUGAGAGAAGGCAAUACUACUGCAGCUGAAGAUGUCCAAUCGGAUUCUUCAUCAAGACUUGCUAUUGAUAUCUCUACGAGAGAAGGAAAUGCUACUACAGCUGAAGACAUCCAAAAAAAUCGUGGUGUUAAAAAUCAAAGUAACUCUGAACAAAUGGAAAUUGAGGCAGAAACUGUUUUGCCAACACAAAGCCAUAGUGUAAUGUCUGCAAAGAAAACGAUAUCUUGUACUAAAGUUAUCUCUAGAGACCAGUUACCUGAAACAGAUAUCAGAAUUGAAUCAGCAGAAAGUACCAGUACCAGUACUGAAGCUAAAUCCAGUAAACCAGAUUCUGCAAGUAGUGCAAAUGCAGAUCCUGCACAAUUAAACUGAAUUCAAUUUGUGAUAAUGACUGAAAACGGUAAUCUCAGAGUUAAAUCUACUUACUGUUAGCAUAACUUGUACCAUGUAUAUUGGCCUCACUUUUUUUUUUUUUUUACUUCUCUAUAAAUAUUAAUGUAUCUAUUGUAAAGUAUCAAAAGACAAAGAAUCCUUACAAUAUACUUUUGUACUAUAAUUAUUGAUUUAAUUUAAUGCAUGUACAUUCCUCUUCAAAGGAUAACAUACCACUCACUUUAAGAGAACUAAAUCAGAAAUAAGUAUAUUUAUUUAGUUUUAUUGAUUUUAAAUGUUGCGGUUUAAACUUUUAUAGCUAAUAAUAUUAUUGUUAUGUAUAUUUCUUUUUGUUUUUCACUUUUUUUUUACCAG